AAAAAAAGAAAGAAAAGAGGGUCGAAUAAUAAAACAGUGUCUCCUUCGUCUCUAGCGGUGACCGGUGAGCUGCUCUCGAGUGUGUGAUUCUCUCUACUGCGACCCCCCUCCGGAUCAUACAUUCUACCGGAGCUUUUAGCUUUUCCGUCAAAUUUCUUCUCGAGGGUCGUCACUCGUCACCGAUUCGCCGAUUCUCACAGUUACAAUCCUAAAGUUUCCGUCUUUAUUCGUUUAGUGCCGUUUCAUAUACCCCUCAAGGGUAUAGCUUAGAGAAUGGAGGACUCCAAUGAAAAAGUGAAAAGUUCGAGUAGAAAGAGGUUGAGGAAGCCUAAAAGUUUGGAAUUUGUUGGAUGGGGUUCGAGAAAACUGAUUGAGUUUCUUCAGUCACUUGGUAGAGAUACCACAAACAAGAUAUCCGAGAAAGACGUUACAGCGAUUGUAAUGAGCUAUAUCCGGGAGAGAAACCGUGAAACUCCUUCUAAGAAGAAGAGAAAGACCGUAGCUUGCGAUGACAAGUUGCGUUCGCUUUUUGGGACUACGAAGAUCAAUAUAAUCAAAGUCCCUGAUUUGGUUGAGAAGCAUUAUGUAGAGAAUCAGGAGGACGACUCAUUCUUUGAUUUUCUAUACACUCCAGAGGAUGAUAAACAAGAAAAACAGAGAUUGUCUCCAUCAGAUAAGGUGGCUAAACGGGCGAAGCAGGUUGUGCAAAAGCCUAAAGGCACUUUUGCUGCAAUAGUCAGCGAUAAUGUGAAGCUUUUGUAUUUGAGAAAGAGUUUACUCCAGGAACUAGCAAAGACUCCUGAAACUUUUGAGAGUAAAGUGGUGGGGACUUUUGUGAGGAUCAAGAAUCCCUGUCAGCUUGUUUACGUGACAGGUGUGAUGGAGGGAAAUCCGAUUGAUGGUAAUCUUCUUCAGGUUACAAAUUAUUCCUAUUAUCUAGAAGAUGUUUUUGUCUCUUCCCUAUCAGAUGAUGAUUUUUCUCAGGAGGAAUGUGAAGAACUUCAUCAGAGAAUAAAAAAUGGCUUUGCUAAGAGACUUACAGUUGCGGAUAUGGAAGAAAAGGCUCGAAGUUUGCAUGAAGAUGUGACAAAACAUUGGCUUGCAAGAGAGCUUGUAUUGUUACAAAGGCUUAUUAAUCAGGCUAAUGAAAAGGGAUGGCGAAGAGAGCUGUCCCAGUAUCUGGACAAAAGAGAGCUUCUUGAGAAUCCGGAAGAACAGUUGAGGCUAUUGUGUGAAGUUCCUGAAGUUGUUGCAGAAGAAGUUGAACCUGAGAGUGUAGAUGAUGAUAGGAAUAUAGAAAAUGACCUCAUUGUACCAAACCCUGAGGCUUCCCCCGAGGCUCAUCAAAGUGACGGAAAACAACAACUGAGUGAUUCACCAGCUUUUAGUGUCAAGACAACUCUAGAAAAUUUGGAGCUACUUAAGAAUUCGGAAGAGCAGUUGAGGCUGUCCCAUGAAGUUCCUGAAGUUGUUGUUAAAGAACUUGAUCCUGAGCAUGUAGAUGAUGAUGAGAAGAUAGAAAAUGACUUCAGCGUACCAUACCCUGAUGUCUCCAUUGAGGCUGAACAAAGUGACGUAGAAAAACAACUAAGUGAUUCACCAGAUUCUACUAUUCAGAAAACUCUAGAAGGUUCGAAGCUCGGUGAUGGAGAAGACCACCUAACAUGCACUGCUUCUGCAGGUAACAAAGAUCUCCAUGAAGAUGUAUUCGAGCCCCCAGCAAAUGGCAUCACACAGAACAAGGACUGUAUCACUGAAGUCACUCAACAACAGUCAAGUAUUCCUGUGAUUGAUCUCUCUAACCAACCUCAAGCACAAUCAAACCCCAUAGAGAUUAUCGAACUGAGCGAUGAUGAUGAUGAUGAUGAUGACAAAGACAAUCAAGCUUACCAGAACUAUGAUCCAAAGAAGGUGAUGUGGUUCUAUGAAUUCCCUAAAGAAAAAACACAUGGACCAUUCUCUCUCACAAAACUCAAAGAGUGGAACGACAAAGAGUUCUAUAUUAACGUUCCAGAUUUCAAAGUAUGGAGGACAGGAGAGAGUGCAGUGUUACUGACCAAACUCCUGCCGUACAUCAAAACCUAAUUAAAGAACUUGUGAAAGCUCAGAGUCCUCCUCAGUUUAGAAAGUGUGCAGUUUCUUAAUUGACAAACCUUGUUUAUUAUUUAUCUAAGUAACAGUUGUUGCAGAACUUAGUGUACAUGAUGCACAGAUUCUGACUUUUGUUAUAAAAAAUAGUCUACCCUUAAAAUUGUUAAAU